AUGCAGUCCCUCAGGUCUCAGUCGGAGCUGGUCCCAGAACCUCGGGGCCGUCUGCCAAAGGUGUGUGCUGUGGCGGCGGCAGCGGUCUCCAUAGCAAUGACGGCCAUCUUUGUCCCGGGGAGAUUGGUGGGGUGGGUCUCCAUGGCGACGCUCCUGCUGUCGCUCGGCCCCUUGGUUCACGGGUGUUUCCUGUGUUUGGAUGAACUGCUCCACCACAGAAAUAGAUACAGGGGGCGCUCUGUCCUGCAGCCUCUGUGCGACUGUGGCCUGCGGCGGUCUGUGGUGUGGGUGGUGUUGUCCGCUCUGCUGCUGUGUCUCUCUGGGAGUCCUCUGCCCCCGUUCCAUCUGUGGACCCUGCUCUGGCUCUGUCCCGUCCUCCACGCCGCCUACAGGAGCCUGGGAGUACUGUCUCCCUCUGAGUUGGAGCUGUCAGACGUCUGUGAGAGCCGCAGGACCAACGUGGCCCAUGGUUUGGCCUGGUCCUUCUACCUGGGAUACCUGCAACUGGUGCUGCCCAAUCUGGAAGAGUCCAUCUCUGCGUUCUGUGCGUCGCACCUGAGCAGCGCCCCCUUGUGGAGCAGAGGGUCCCGGCGCCUCUUCAUCCUCGUCCCCUUGAACGCCAACAUCAGCCACAAACUGGAGGACGAGGACGAGCGGGUCCAGUUCUACGACAACCUCCCCAACAGCAGACUGGACCGAGCUGGGGUCCGGGGCCGGGUCUACAAACACAGUGUCUACAGAGUCCUCAGCUCCAAGGGACAGGCUCAGACCUGUGUGGUGGAGUAUGCCACGCCCCUCCUCACGCUUUACGGCAUGUCCCAGGACGCCAGCGCUGGUUUUGGGGAGCCCCAGAGGAGACAACAGGUGCUGCUCUUCUACAGGACGCUGCAGGAGCUGCUGGAGCGCUCGCUGGAGUGUAGGAACAAGUACACCCUCAUCCUGCUCAAUGACGAGCACGAAGGCGACCCUCACUACCUGUCCCAGUGCAUCCUGAGGCACCUCCAGCAGCAGAGCAGAGAGGAGUACCCCAUGGCCCCAGUGAUCCCCCUCCCUCAGCAGGAGGGCGGGGGGUCAUUGCCCAAUGCCCCCAUGGCCCCGGGACAGCAGGACCUGAGCCCCGAGCCCACCCUCAUGUUUAGUCUGGACAAGCCCAGGUCCCUGAGGGACCCCAUGGAGGUGUCUGAAGGUUACAAUCCAUCAUGCACUGGAUAA